UAUAUGUCCCCCAUUUUCAGGAGAAAGCUAUGGAUAUGAUCGAUAAGUUCAUGCAUGCCGUCCUUUCUAUUACAUUCUUCGUCUUCUUCCUUCACUAUCGACUCUUCACGUCCCUUGUCGCCACUGCAAGAUCCCUUUUCAAAGAGAAUGUGAGUGGAAAAGUCGUACUCAUCACUGGAGCAUCUUCUGGCAUUGGCGAGCAUGUGGCGUAUGAGUAUGCAAGGAGAGGAGCUUGUUUAGCAGUUGUAGCGAGGAGAGAGCAUCGUCUCCGACAAGUGGCUGCCGUUUGUGAGAUCAUUGGGUCGCCUGAAGCUGUUUACAUAGUCGGAGAUGUGGCCAAGAUGGAGGACUGUCAACAGUUUGUUGAGGCCACUGUUAGCUACUUCGGGCAUUGUAAGCAACCAAUAAGAAGAUUAGAUUUUGGGGGUUUUAAUUUUUUAUUAGUAUUUGAUGUGGUGGUGACAGUGGAUCAUUUGGUGACCAAUGCUGGGGUUACACCGGUAUGCAUGUUUAAAGAUUAUGAUGAUAUAACUAAAGCUUCGCCUGCUAUGGAAAUAAACUUUUGGGGAUCAGUAUACAGCACAUAUUAUGCAUAUGGGCACUUAAAGAAGAGCAAAGGGAAGAUCAUAGUCAUAGCAUCCAGCACUGGAUGGUUGUUUGCACCAAGAUUGAGCUUCUACAGUGCAAGCAAAGCAGCAGUGAUAAGCUUUUACGAGACAUUGAGGUAUGAAUUUGGGGGUGAUAUUGGAAUUACAAUAGUGACUCCGGGACUGAUCAAGACGGAGAUGACUGAUGGAAAAUUCCUAUCCAAGGAAGCUCGAUUACAACUUGAUCCUGAAAUGCGUGACGUUGAAAUCAGUGUAAUGCCAUUGGAAUCAGCAUGUGAGUGUGGGAAGGCAAUAGUAGCAGGGUCCUGCCGUGGGGACAAUUACUUGACGGUACCCCAUUGGUACGAGUGGACCAAACUGUGGAAGGUGUUUUGCCCUGGCAUCAUGGAUCGGUGGAUAGGCUUCCUAUUAAUGCCCUGUAAUUCCCACAAUGAAGUACCCACCAAGAAGUUAACCCAUUUUGUUAAUGGACUAACCCAGUUUUUGUCUUCCUAAAUUCCCCACAUCCAAUACUAUACUGAAGGUACUAUUCAUAA